AUGAGUACCCAGGAGAACAAGGCCUCUCAGUUGGCGACGGCGCCGGAGAGUGGGACGUGGACGUUUGCAAGUAGGAGGAGUGUGGUGCAUAGUACGAAGGGGGUGGUGGCUUGUACGCAGCCGUUGGCGGCGAAGUGUGGCAUUAAGGUGCUAGAGAAGGGUGGGAAUGCCGCGGACGCUGCUGUUGCCGUUGUGAAGGAAAAGAAGAAGAAGAAGAAGAAGAAGAAGUCUAGUCAAGCUAAGAAGACAAAAAUAGCUGCCGCAUUGAACAUGACGGAACCCUCCUCUACCGGCAUCGGCGGCGACAUGUUCGUCCUCUUUUACGACGCCAAAACCGGCAAAGUCUCGGCACUCAACGGCUCCGGCCGCUCGGGCGCCGCCUGCACGGCCGAGACGAUCCGGAAGGACCUCGGCCUCGCGGCGGGCGACAAGGACCGCAAGAUCCCCAUGAGCAGCGUGCACGCCGUGACGGUUCCGGGAGCGGCGGCCGGGUGGGUCGAUACGGUGGAGAGGUUCGGGAGCGGGAGGGUUACGUUGGAGGAUGUGUUGGGGCCGGCUGCGGAGUUGGGGGAAGAGGGGUUUCCUGUUUCGGAGCAGACGGCGCAUUAUUGGGCCAAAUCUGAAAACAGUCUUCGGAAAGCGUCUCCUAACUUUGCCGAGAUGCUUAAGAAGGAUCCGAAUGCGCAGGAUGGAGUGCGUUCCCCAAAGGCGGGCGAGAUCAUGAAGAACCCGACUCUGGCGCAAACUUUCCGCACUCUGGCCAAGGAGGGAAAGAAAGGCUUCUACACGGGGCGGAUCGCCGAGGAACUCGUCAAUGUCGUGCAGGAUCUCGGCGGACACUUGACGCUCGACGAUCUCAAGCAUCAUCUUGAGACGGGAAGUGAGCCAGUCGAGCCCAUCAGCAUCAAAUUCACCGCGCAGGGAGCGACGGGCGACAACGGCAUCGAGGUAUGGGAGCACCCACCUAACGGGCAGGGUAUCGUCGCCUUGAUGACGCUAGGCUUGAUCCAAGAGCUAGAGAAGGCCGGCACGAUCCCUCGAUGGGGUCCGCAGGACUUCAACACGCCGGAGUACCUCCACACCAUUAUCGAGUGUCUCCGACUCGCCUUCUCAGACGCAAGCUGGUACGUCACGGACCCCAACGUCACAAAGGUGCCUACGACGGAACUCCUCUCAUCGUCCUACCUCGCCUCGCGCGCCAAGCACUUCGACGCCACAAAAGCCGCGGCGCCACCCGUCCUCCACGGCGACCCUUCCACUGGCGAGAACAAGGCCACCUUCGUCUCGCCGGCGCUCAACAGCAGCGACACCGUAUACCUCUGCGUCACAGACAGCGAAGGCAACGGCGCAUCCUUCAUCAACAGCAACUACGGCGGCUUUGGCACAUGCAUCGUCCCCCGAGGCUGCGGCUUCACGCUGCAGAACCGCGCGGCGAACUUUAGCCUCGACGCGGGCCACCCGAACGUCAUAGAGCCGAGGAAGAGGCCGUACCAUACCAUCAUCCCUGGACUCGUGACGAAUCUCAAGGACGGGUCGUUGCAUAGCGUGUUUGGCGUCAUGGGGGGGUUCAUGCAGCCGCAGGGACAUGUGCAGGUUUUGUUGGGCCAGGUCGUUGCGGGUUUGGAUCCGCAGCAGGCGUUGGAUGCGCCGAGGGUGUGUAUCACUGCGGGGACGCCGAAUAAUAAGGGCGAGUUGGAUUGGGUUGUUAGUGUGGAGGAUGGGAUGAGCGAGGAGACGAUUGAGGGAUUGAGGAAGUUGGGGCAUAAUGUCAAGGUCGUGAAGCAGUGGGGAAGGGCUUUAUUUGGGAGGGGACAGAUUAUUAGGCGAUCUGCUGAUCCUGUGGAAGGGACGAGGAUCUGGUCUGCUGGGAGUGAUAUGCGAGGAGAUGGAGCAGCGUUCCCUCUUUAA